AUGCCUCGAGGAAAAGCAAAUUCUUCAUCAGCAGCUAAGCCAUCUGAGCCUGAGAAGCCAGUUGAAUCUGAUGAGAAGGUUGAUUUUGAGGAGGAAAAUGAUCCGGAGGGAGCAAUGGAAGAAGAAAUUGAAUAUGAAGAAGUAGAAGAAGAAGUGGAAGUGGAAGAGAUAGAAGAGGAGGUGGAAGAAGAGGAGGAGGAGAACCCGGAGGAGGUAGAGGUAGAAGAAGAGGAAGAGGAGGAGGAGGAUGAGGAAGAAGAGGAAGAAGAAGAGGAAGAAGAAGUGGAAGAAGAUGAAGCCAUACAAAACCAUAGCAGUGACGAAGCAAAGUUGGAAGACGAGUAUGAGAAGAAAAAACAUGCUGAACUCCUUUCUCUUCCUCCUCAUGGGUCUGAAGUAUACAUUGGUGGCAUACCAUAUGAUGUCUCAAUUGAGGAUUUGAAAUCUUUUUGUGAGCGUAUUGGGGAAGUUGCAGAGGUUCGAGUAAUGAAAGGAAAGCAUUCCAUUGAGAACAAGGGAUUUAGUUUUGUGACCUUUAGAAGCGUGGAAUUGGCUUCUAAAGCCAUUGAGGAGCUGAAUAAUACAGAAUUUAAGGGUAAAAAAAUAAAAUGUUCUACAACGCAAGCCAAACACCGUCUUUUUAUUGGGAAUGUUCCUAGAGGCUGGGGUGUUGAAGAUCUGAGGAAGAUUGUAACUGAGAUUGGACCCGGAGUUACCGGUGUGGAACUAGUCAAGGAUAUGAAGAACACCAACAACAACCGGGGCUUUGCUUUUAUUGACUAUUAUAAUAAUGCAUGUGCUGAGUAUUCUAAACUAAAGAUGAUGAGCCCAACAUUUAAGCUAGGUGAGAAUGCUCCAACAGUGAGCUGGGCUGAUCCUAAAAAUGCUGAUUCUUCUGCUGCAUCUCAGGUGAAGGCAGUAUAUGUGAAGAACCUGCCAAAGAAUGUGACUCAAGAGGAGUUGAAGAAGCUUUUCGAACGUCAUGGGAAGAUAACAAAGGUGGUUCUUCCACCAGCUAAGUUUGGACAGGAAAAGAACAGAAUUGGCUUUGUACAUUUUGCAGAGAGGUCAAAUGCCAUGAAAGCACUGAAAAACACUGAAAGAUAUGAAUUAGAAGGCCAAAUUUUAGAGUGCUCUCUGGCAAAGCCACAGUCUGAUCAAAAGUCUGGAGGAUCAAAUACACAGAAGCCGGGACCAGGAUUGCUUCCUAGCUAUCCACCACAUGCCGGUUAUGGUUUGGUUGGGGGUGCCUAUGGUGCACUUGGUUCAGGAUAUCCCGCUCCUGGUCUUACACAGCCCUUGCUAUAUGGAGGAGCUCAAGCUCCCGCUGGAAUGGCCAUGAUGCCCAUGCUUUUGGCUGAUGGACGAAUUGGAUAUGUCUUGCAACAGCCAGGAGUGCCGCCACAUGCCCCAUCCUCACAUCAAAGAGGUGGCCGGAGCAGUGGCAGUGGUGAUGGCAACAGGAAUGCCAGCAGUUUUAGUAAGGGAAGGCACAACAAUGACGGUAGUCAAGGGCGCAGAUACCGCCCAUAUUAG